GAAAAGGGUCCUUACUGGGCUGUAAAAGUAGCAACUUGCAUUCAAUGGCUACCAGAGUGCGUAAGUAGUAAAGUUGAACUCGAUAGCUACUAGGAUGUAAAACUAGUAGUUGCGAGAGGAUGUAAAAGUAGUUGCGUCAAACUUCUUACAGCCGUCAGUAUGAUCAGAAACAAUUUGACGUCACUUAACAAUCACAACAACAAGCAUCACCAUCAGAAUAACAAACAAAAAAGACAAGACAGGAGUGAUGAAAAAAGUUGUACGAUGAGUGAACCAAUCACCGCGCAAAAGAUACGUUGCAUCAGAAAUUUAUACCUUGAACAGGAAAACAAAAAGCAAAAAAGAGGAGUUCCCGCCUCAGCACUGCGCAUUCAGCACGAAAUAUUGAAUAUGGCAACAAACUCAAGCAGAAAAUGACGAAGAAGGUAUCUUCAUGUAUGGACUAGAAACUACUUAUUAUAUGACAUAGUCGUGGCGCGCGCCACUCCUGUAUAAAUUGUAAAGUUGUAGUAUGAUGAAUGAAUUCAGCGCGAGGCUGUCCAUGGAAUCACAAACACGCAGACAAGAUCCGUUUUCUCGUUGAAUUUUUGGAGUAAUUAGUGAUCAU